AUGUUUGGCCCCGAUUUUUUUCACCAGGCUUUUCCGCCUGGUGUGGGUGGCAAUCCUACGGGGGCCGCAUCUCCGCUUGUGACGGUGUACGGGAUUUAUCCAAAGUCAAACAUGGCUGCCUCGAUCUACGCUAACAUGUCCUCGCUCGCGGCAAGCACUGCGGCCCUUUACCAACGCCCUUAUUGCCUUUCUCUCAACGGCUUUGGCGCACCUCCGUCUGUGCCACGAGAGGAGGAGGAGGAAACCGAAGGACAAUUUGAGGUUACCGAUAGUCAUUGGAAGCCCCAUGUGCCCGUUCAUGGGGCUCUUGUUUCCCCUUCCGCAGGAUGCCAGAUCUUUUUGGGCGCACAACCUCCAGCUUCGGGGGCUGAUAAUUGCAAACGUGUGUGCGUGCGUCCGGCCUUUCACGAGGUUCACGGCAUCAUUGCUGAAAACGGCAAAGAUGCUCGUCAUCACCCCGAGUACUUAAUGAAGAACCCACAUGAAAUGCUUUCAUGGCUUCAAGAAAAGGAACGUGAGUUUCAGCAGACACUGUUGCGGGAUCCAAGGAAGGCUUUUCGGGUAUUUUGUGCUGACCUAAAAGAGGUGGUUGAAGUGCCCAUAUCUGCACUUCGUUUCACAAAAGGAUUGUAUGUAGACCCCAGUUUGCGGGUACGAAGGGUGCGGAGUGGGCACCAAAAUCAAUUUUCCAUGAUGGCGUCGCAGGUGCCGACGGCAUGUGGAUUAUUCUCCGAGGAUCCCUCCCAGUGCAAGUGGGAAAGAUGGUGUAAUCAGGUACAUAUUGAGCAAGGAUGGAUGCAGUCUAAAAAGCGCGAGUUUGGGGCAUGGUCGAAUGCGCUUGAAAGACGCUUCAAUGGGCUCCCCCCGGAUCACCUGUUUUCGGUCCAUGACCCUCAACUGAAGUCUACGUUAAACCUACCGAAAGCUUCUAUAUCGGGUUUCUCACGUGGCUUAUUCCAGGGAUCUGCGAAGAAGGCGCCGAGUGUGUGUAUGCUUUUUCAGCGCGGCCGCUGUACUGCGGGUUCAUGCUGCAAUCAAAUACACGUGGAUCCAGAGUAUUUGCAGCUGCAUCGGCGCUGGGCAUAUAGUGGUGAGCAACUCACUGAAGAAAAGCGGAGAGAAAUUUGGGAGCAGAUGGCGUCCCUGCUAAGAUCACUCUCUUCGCGUUGCGAGAACGGCGUCGUCGGUGAAAAUGAUUCAUCUGAUCCAGCGAGGGAGUUGAAUCCGAAGGCUCAACCGUUCGUUCCAUCACCAACAACGCCGCUGCCACCGCCGGCGGCCACCGAAAGAACGCCUGCGGAGAGCAGUAUGGUGAUAAAGGACAAAGUGAUCUCCGACGCUCGCAGCGUGAUGAGGGACGACAACGUAAACAAUUCAUCUGUUUUGUGUCAAACAAGGCAUGUCCUUAUGGCUGACCCAGUUUCCAUGGAGCAGGAAAUUUUUUUUCCUCCUGUGGUCUUGCCAGACACCUCUGUCGUUGCGCGUCCACACCAGCAGCAGCAGGAGAAUGUAUGUAAGCAUAUCUCCUCAAAUGGUACAAGCAGUAGUAACUCGCGUUCUCGUACGAGCAACUCCGCCGGAGGCAAUUUGCCUCUAUGGGAGUUUGCGCCGGUGGCGGACGGAGAUGAGAGGUCGCAGUCCUCUCUUCAAGCGAGCCAUAGUAAUAUAAGCCAUGCCAGCCGAAGUCACCGACACACGAAUAACCCUUACACCCUUGGGGGUAGUUCAAGCUGCACCGCCUCACCCACGUUUGGAUGGGUGCAGCCUGUGCGAAGUGCAGGAAAUAGCUGUACUACCAUUCCAACUGGUUGUGUGGGGGCAGACGCCAGUGGAUCCCUUGGUGCCCUUGGAUGGGGAACGCGCACAAGGACCGAUCCAUCUCCUGGAGCAUCCGAUACUCGGUCUGCACCGUUCUCAGUGUAUCAUGACCUUGACGGCAGCCUUCACAGCUACUCUCCCAACCAACACUGGAAUGCUUCAGGCAGCGUCUGUGCUAAGACGGUGGAGGAGCUUCAGAAGGUGAAAUUGGAUAACUUCCACGCAAACGCUGAGGACAAUGUGUUCUUUGGGACUCCUUGA